CGGGAGGGGCGUGGUUGCCAUGGCGACAGGGCCGGGACGCGCGGCCUAGCGCAGGUCCCGGGCCCCGCGCUUCUUCUCCGCGGCCGCUGCUGAUUCCUGCGAUCCCCCCGGUUCCCUCCGGCUCCCCAGCACUCCUGCAGACCGCGGGGCCCGGGGGGUACCGUCUCCAGCAGCCCGUCGCGGUAGGGCGCUCCCUGCUGCCAGGCUCGGUGGCCCGUCGCCCCCGGCCCGGUGGCCCCGUUGUUCCCGGGCCGUGUCCCCCCGCACCAUGGCGCACCUGCUGGGCCACCGCGGCUGCAUGGAGAGCCUGCGGGCCGACCUGCGGGACCUGCAGGCCGCCAUCGCCGACGUGUGCUCCCGGGCGGGCGCCGUGCGCUGCCCCUCCUGGAAGUUCCCCGACAAGGUGUCCUGCGAGCUGGACAUCGGGGCGCUGCUGCAGCGCUACAGGCACAGCGACAGCGAGCCCGAGUUCAGCCAGCACGCACACGUGGUGCUGCUGGAGCUGCUCAUUGACAGGCUGCUGCUGCUGCUGCAGAGCUUCACGGGCUACGCGGACGCGGUGCUGAGCGGGCGCGCGGUGCCGCCGCCGCGGGGCCCGGCGCCCUGCAUGUCCGCGGGGCUCACGGCCACCACCUUCUGGAGCGCCAUGCUGAGACUCGGCGCCUUCUGCCAGCAGCUCCGCGAGCAGGCUGGGAAACAUCAGAAGGAGCACCUGGAAUGCUUGCCGGAAGUUUUGGAGUCAGGGACUGCCCCGGAGGCUGCCCAGCCCACUUCUGUGUGCCCAAAUCCCAGUGCCCAGCCCAGGGCUGGCCCCAGCCUGGCUCCGAGCACCCGCAGUGUCCCCACGCAGACCCCGGGGUCACCCCUGGGCUCCUGUGACACCUGCUCCAGCGCCCAGGCCAGCCUCCACGAGGUGGGCAGAGCCAUCACCAGCAUCUGCCAGAGCCAGAACAUCCCUUCAGCUCUCAGCAAAUUCCAGGAGGUGCUGGGGGACAGCGCAGGGAGAAGGAACCUCUCUGCCACAGACAUGAGCUACUGGGCCUCGGAGCAGAGCAAGGACCUCUCCCGGAUCAACAAACACCUCCAGGGGCUGCUGCAGCAGGUGAACCCCCUGAAGGCUGAGCUGGCAGAGAUGGGCAAACAGAAGGAGAAGCUGCAGAAACAGGUCGAGGACUUUUCCAGGAAGCUGCAGGCAGAGAAGGACAUCCAGGCAGAGCAGCAGAAGAAGGCUGAGCAGAGCCUGAAAGCCAAGGAAAAGGAGUGUUCCAAGGCUGUGGCCAGGCUGGAGCAGGACAAGGACGACCUCAGGAGAGGAGCUGCUCUGCUGGAGGAGCAACUCUCGGUCCUGAAGGAGGAGCUGGCAGCAAAGGAGGUGGCUGUGCAGGAGCUGGAGCUCUCCAGGACCACCUUGCUGGAGGAGAUGAGGACCUCAAUGGUGGCCCGGAGCCAGGUGCUGGCGUUGGAGGAGAAGGUACAGGUGCUCACAGGCCAGAGGGACAGGCUGGAGCAGGAGCUGAGUGCCAGCAGCGUGCGGCUGGAGAAGGAGAAGGUCCGUGUGGAGAGCAUGUUCCGGCACGAGGAGUCCCUGCAGGCCAAGCAGAGGACCCUGCUGCAGCAGCUGAACAGCCUGGACCAGGAGCGUGAGGAGCUGCAGGCCAGCCUGGGAGAGGCCGAGGAGGACAAGGCCCGGCUGGUGGAGCAGCUGGAGCAGAGCCAGGAGCAGAGUGGGAAACAGCUCCAGGCACAGCAGGAGCUGCUGGACACACUGCAGCAGGAGAAGCUGGCACUGGAGCAAUCCAUCCUGGAGCUGCAGGCAAACACAUCCCGGCUGCAGGAACAGGCACAGGAGCUGAGGGAGCGGGAAAGGCUCCUGGUGUUCUUCCCUGAUCUCCACACGCCCACUGAGACGCAGUUUGAGAGCAGUGGGAAUUUUGCAGAGGACAUGAAGAGUCAGCUCCAGGCCAACAAGAUCCGGAUUGAGGUGCUGGAGCGGGAGAACGCGCAGCUCGAGGCUCUGCUCGCCAAGGUGAAGGCAGCAGCCGAGCAGGACGUGCUCAAGCUCGUCCCAGAGGCCCAGCUGGGGUCCCAGCUCCACAGGGAGGCCAGCAGGCAGGACAUUGCGUGAGUAGGAACCCAGAGGAAGGAGCUGGGGGCGGGUUCCCUGCUCUUCCUCCCCUUUGACUGCUCCCACCCCGCAGGCGGCUCAGCAGCGGGAGCAGCAGGGACAGCACAGGGAUGUCAGGAAGCAUUGACAAGGCCUGGCACAGAGCUCCCAGCAGCCAGCACUCCAAGAAACUGCGGGCAGAGCCCACACCCCAGGCCAAACCGUGCCUCACGCUUC